UAACCAAAAAAAGGAAGCAAUCAUCCAAAGGUGACCGCUUUGAUCGUUUUCACUCCAACGGUCAAAAAAUUGCAUCAUUCAAAUACCUAAAGCCCUUCCUCAAAAUUUUAAAACUAGCCGUUACAAGAUUUACAAUCAUCUUCAUCAAGUCAAAAUCCUCCAAGAUCUCCGCAAUCCUAACAAUUACUUGAGUUUCCUUUCUCUGAAUUUCUUUAUCUAUUCUCUGCACACGAUUUUUCUUACCUUUCUUGGUUACCUUAUCAUCAAUGGCGGUCUCUUCUAACAAAUCUCCUUCUCCACUUUCUGCAAGACCCAUUCCUCCUCAUCCAAGAACCACUGAUUCUACACCCAGAAGAAGUUUCAACGGCAACCCUUUUUCAAGACCUUCAGUUCUUGCAACCCACAGAGGAUUCAACCCUGUUACUCCUGCAAAUAGCCCUGCUGAUUCGGCGAGAAGGGUGUCUAAUUCAGGUUUAUCCUCAUGGGGUUCUGAAGAGAAGGAGAAUGAAUCCAAAGCAGCGAAACUGAAAUCACCGGCAAAGGGUUCCAAGAAUUUCAUGUCUCCGACUAUUUCAGCUUCUUCCAAGAUCGCUCAAUCCCCUAAAAAGAAAAUCUUGGUGGAAAGAAACGAUCCUGUUAGGACUUCAAUCACCUUGUCUGACGGUAAAGCUACAUUCUUUUCUGCAAAUUCUGAAGAACAUAAUCAAAAUUCUGAAAAUUCUUUGGAAGGAACUGAGAAUGUUAUGGAGCCUAAGGAGAAUGUUCUUGUUGAAGGUCUUCCUUCAGUUACCAAACCCCAGAAAAGGGUAACAUUUUCAGAUUGCAACAAUGCAUCUGAAUCCCUUUCUGAUACUGUAACCAUGGAUUCUGACAUUUGCAAUGAUGAGCCACUGGUUUCUCCUGCAAUAGCCCCCCUUGAUGCUGAUCCCUCUCUACCUCCAUAUGACCCUAGAACCAAUUACCUAUCUCCAAGGCCUCAGUUUCUUCACUACAAACCCAACCCAAUAAUUGAAGUUUUACUCAAUAAGGGAAAAGGAUUGGAUGUAGGAGAAGCAAAGAAGAUAGAUGACAUCUUCUUGUCUGAGUUACUGUCUGAAAACUUGUCAGACAUAGAUGGCAGUGAAAGUUCUCUAACUGAAGAUUCACUGAAAGAAUCUGAUGGUUCUUCUUCAGAAGAGAUGUUAAUUGAAGCAAGAGUUGAUCAAGAAGAGGAAGAGGAGCCUAAAGUUUCUGUUUCUGCAAGACCUGUUGCUGAGGAAAUUGCUGAACCUACACUACCUGUUGCUGAGGACAUUUCUGGAGCAAAAAUGAGAGCAAAUCCAAGGUCCUCAACAAUAUCAAAGUUCUUUUCUCUGCUGUUGGUACUCAUAAUUGCUUUCUUUUCAAUCUCAGUUACUGAUUCUCCUAUACUUGCUACUCCUGGGUCAAUAGAUUUAAGAUUAUCUAAUCGCAGCAUUCCAUCAGAUAUUCCAGUCUUGGCUAAGGCUAAUAGUUACUUUAAGCAAUAUUCAGGUGAAGCGAUUUCUUAUUUCUCAAAGUUGAUUAAUGACCUUGGUAGAAUAGAUUACCCGCAGCCUUUAAAAUUCGUGAACUUGACUGAUCUAGAAGAGAGUAGCAGCAUAUAUCAUGGAUAUUUGAAAGGUAGCACUAGUAUUGAGGAAUUGGAUAAAGAGCUUGAACCAAUUGAAUUGGAGGAGGAGGAGGACGAGUCUGAAACUGAGCCAGAUGAGGAAGAAUUUCAAAUGGAAGCUGAUUUAGAUGAAGUGGAAAUUGAAGAAGCGCAUGAGUUGGAGACUGAAGAAGCUUCCACAAUUCAAUUAGCUUUAGUAAAUGAGUCUGAUAGCUUAGAACAAGGUCGUGACUUGGUGGAGACUGAAGAAGUUUCAGUUGUCAUAGCUGAGGGGAAUGAAUCUGAUUGUUCAGAAAGGGAUUUAGACCAAGGGCUUACAACUUCUAAUGUUCAGCUUGAAAUGGCUGAAUCCAAAUCUUACACUGCUGAUAAUGCUGUCAGUACUUAUGCUGCACUUGAGUCAGUGAACGACACUCCUGAAAGCUUAGUGAAAGAUGAUUCUGCUGUCGAAGAUGCCCAAACUUUGGAAAUGCUGCAGUCACCAAUUGAUAGACAUGUAGGAGAAAAUGUUGGAGCAUAUCGGAUCCUGGGAAUUUCCUCACUUGCACUGAGUGUGCUUGCUGCUACAGUUUUCUCUGUGAAGAGAACUGGUACAGUUCAUGCUGAUCAAGUCUCGAGUAAGAAAUUUGUCAAUGAGAAGCACUCCUCUCAAAAUUGGCCAACAGAGGUCGAUGUUGCAGGAGAGUCUUGUCCUUCAGAAAUGAGCAGCUUUCAGAUAAGUUCAUCUUAUAGAAAUAAAUACCCCAAAUCAGAGAAUGAUGAGGCUCAGAGCAUUGAGAAGAAACCGAGAAAGAGUAACAAAAGAGAGUCCUUGACCGCAUCUGAGUUCUCAAUGGGUUCACCUUCUUAUGGAAGUUUCACUACAUAUGAGAGGAUUCCAAUCAAGCAUGCAAGUGGAGGAGAAGAAGUCAUCACCCCUGUAAGACGCUCGAGCAGAAUUAGAAGCCAUGUCAUUUCUCCAUGAAGAUUCUGAAGUCAUUUCCUUCUGACUUAAUUGAAGUGGUUCAAGUGUCAUUUGUAGGAUUUUAAUUAGUUUGCUGAUUUCGUUAUGUUGUUGAUGAAACUUUUUGCAUUCUGCCUCAGUGUGUUGAAGUUUCUUUUAUUAGUUGAGGAUUUCCUGUAGCUUGUGUAUAGCAAUUUGUUUGAUCCUUGCUUCUACGAACUUUCGUAUGAUCUUACUGUU